GCAAAUCAUGCCGAGGUGAAUAAAUGCGCAAAAUAAGAACAACAACGUGUUAAAAAAGCAUAGACGCAUUCGAAGAGGUGGAGAAAAUGCAUUUUUACACACGCUAGCACCAUCUAUAUUGCGAAUAUUUAAUAUAAAACGCUUGUAAAUUCGUUUUUCGUGCGUAUUUUACUAACCUAGACGUAUUUUGUAUUUCUGCGCAAGUUUUGAACAAAAUGUCGGAUGAUGAAGAUUUGGUUUAUGUAAAAAAACAGAAAACAAUCCAUUAUGGAUCACUUGAAGACUCAGAAAAAGCAAGAAUUGCGCUUGAGGCAGCUGAAGAUAACAGUCAAGAUGUCCCAAGUCCAACUGCACAGCUUACACAAGUACAAAACAAUGAAUAUAUGGAGCUUGAAGAUGCCAUGUCCAAAGACAAACAAGCUCUUCUGGAAGAGUUUGAAAGACGGAAAAAAGCUAGAUCUAUAAAUGUUUCAACUGACGAUGCAGAAGUUAAAAGAAACUUGCGACAACUCAGCGAGCCGAUUUGUUUAUUCGGUGAGGGACCUGCCGAUCGACGUAGUAGACUGCGAGACAUCUUAUCCUGUAUUGGUGAAGAUGCAAUUCUUCGUAAAGAAGUUGAAGAAGAAAAGCGUCAGUUUUCUCACAAUCAAGAAACAACGUGGUAUCACGAAGGUCCUGAUAGUUUAAGGAUAUCACGACUGUGGAUUGCUGAGUAUUCGCUGCCUAGAGCAAAAGCUAGGUUAGAAGAAGCUAGGGAAUUGGCAGAUCUACCAACUGCUACUCGUACAGCUAAAUUACAAGAACUACAGAAGAGAUUACAAGUGUUAUCGAUACAUUGUAGUCAAGUAGGUGACACACGACCAGUUUCCUUCUGUCAAUUCAGUCCUAAUUCCAAACUUAUAGCAACAGGUUCAUGGACAGGUGUUUGUAAAGUUUGGACUGUGCCCGACUGUGAAUUAAAGCAGACUUUAGUCGGGCAUAAACAUCAGAUUGGUGCGGUUGUUUUUCAUCCGAAAGCUACGCUGACACAAGAUGAAGGCGCUUGUAAUAUGGCGUCGUGUUCGGCAGAUGGCGCUGUGAAACUAUGGAACUUUAAAAGUGAGGAACCUAUUGCUGAUAUAGAAGGCCACAUGCCUCAUAGAGUAUCACGCUUAGCCUUCCACCAAUCCGGUAGGUUCUUAGGUACGUGCUGUUUUGACAGUUCAUGGCGCUUAUGGGAUUUGGAACAAUGCGCAGAAGUAUUACAUCAGGAGGGACACGGUAAACCUGUUUACUGUAUAUGUUUCCAAGGCGAUGGAUCAGUUUGUGCUACAGGUGGCCUGGAUGCUUUUGGUAGAGUAUGGGACCUGCGCACAGGGCGUUGUAUAAUGUUCCUCGAAGGUCAUUUGAAGGCCAUUUACGGUAUAGACUUCUCACAAAAUGGCUACCAUCUUGCAACUGCCAGCGCGGACAAUACAUGCAAGAUUUGGGACUUGCGGAAGCGUAGUAUACUGUAUACUAUUCCAGCACAUACGAAUUUAAUCUCGGAUGUUAAGUAUGAACGAGAGUGUGGUGAUUUUCUGGUGACGGGAUCUUAUGAUAAUUCGAUUAAGAUCUGGUCGAACCGGACAUGGCAGCCAUUGAAAACGCUGUCGGGGCAUGAUGGUAAGGUUAUGUGUGUGGAUGUCGCGCCGAAUAAUCAGUAUAUAGCUAGUUCGUCCUAUGAUAGGACGUUUAAAUUAUGGGCGCCUGAGUAAUUAAUAAAUAAUGAAUUAUUUUGGUACAUAAAA